AGAGGGUCCUUCUUACCUCUCAGUCUGUAUUUUAUGUCACUGUGCCUCUAUGAUUUGCAGCCAUUUUAUGUGUCGUCAUAUGUUUCCAAGCCUCCAGGCUGGGCUGUAUACAAGUGUCGAGGUUGUCAGAGGGUCCUCCUUACCUCUCAGUCUGUAUUUUAUGUCACUGUGCCUCUAUGAUUUGCAGCCAAACCAUUGUGUCGUCAUAUGUUUCCAAGCCUCCAGGCAGGGCUGUGUACAAGUGUCGAGGUUGUUUGGCCUUGUUGUGUUGACAGAUUCCUUCAUGUGUUCAACUUGAGGGAUAUGACGACUAAGUGAGAAGGCCAAGGGGAAUUUUGUGAUUAAAAAGUACCAAAGCAGAGUGGGAGUAGCUUUCCAGUGUCAGAGCAGCUAUUCGGUGUAUGCUUUGUUGAAUUCCUUAAAAAAUAUAUUUCUACAUAAGCUUGACUAAAAGAUUGAAAUAUAAUUUGUCAUCACAAUUACUGCAGUGUACCUUUCAGAUUUACAGUGUGUAUGAAAGUAUAAGUACAGUCUAUUCUUCCCUCUUUUCAUCAUAAAAGCCUUCUAUUACCUUUACUCCACUGAGGGAGAUAAAAAAAAAAAUGCCCUUCAUCACAUAAUCUGGCAGCUUCAUGACCUACCGAAUAGCAUUUACUCCACUGAUAGGAUAAAAGAUACAGUACAAACAUUUCUCCCAGCUAAACAGUGCACACUGACAGUACAUCUGGACACACUUUGUGACAGAUCGACACACAUAGGAGUCAUUUUACAUGAAGCUAAUGCAGAGUUAAACUGGGACAUUGCAAUUGAGUCUGUGGUUUUCCUUAUUAAUUAGUAACUUGUCGUGUUCCUGUGAGGAGGAAUGCUAGACAUCUUCCCACCAGUGUACUGCCUGUGAUCACUAGUGUGACAAAUGGAUAUCAAGCUGUCACCAUGGAAACAAUGUGUAGGUUGUUAUGAAGAUGCGCUGCAGUGGUUUAAAAAGAAGGGUAAGUUAAUAUUUACUGGAGAGUAGCUGAGUGAAAAGUAAUGCUUAUUGUUUCAAAAAUAGUUAUUAUUUAAAAUAGCAGAAUUAGGCAAAAUUGGAUUUGGAACAUUUUUGAAUUAUAGUCAUUUUGUCAAUUAGUCUGUAAUUGUAAAAUGUCACCAUGUAAUUGAGGCAAUUUUCAUGGUAAGAAAGGACAUUUUAAGAUGAUAAUCUACACUGUAUUUUAGAAGUCAGCCACAUGAUGUCACUCUUUGCAUGUUUUCCUCAGCACUGCAACAUCAUUCUUGUUGAAUGACGUCUAAAAAUUGCUUAUCCACACAUGAAGCAGGGUGGAUAAGUAGGCAAAAACUUGGUUUGUAUAUUUUGAGUUGAACAGUGUGUGCUGCUUCUUCUUUGAGCUCUGUGAGACAUUUGUUCUGCUUGGACUACGAAGCAGCAGGCUGCAGCUGCAUAGUUGGACAGUGACUAUAAAGUUCCUGUGGUUAUGGAAAUGAUAGCCUUUUUCCCGUCGAUGCCACCUGCCAAGCCACAGCGAGGAUAUGAGUUUGGUGAAAUUACUAAAGCUGACCACGAUGACCUGUACAGCGCAGACAGUAAGCGCAGUGAGACAGGAAAGGAAAAAUUGUUUUACUGACCUUUAGAACUUUACUUUCAGCUUCAGUCUCUAAGAAACUCAUUAGCUACAAACACUAUGUGCCCUUCAUUACAGGUUUUUAGUACUUCAUCUGGAGCUUCAUUAGUUUAUAAAACAUCCCACUCAAUGGGGAAGGAAGUUGUAGCCUCUGAAUGGAAAGGUGAUUUGAGUCAUCUGUUGCUUUCAUUACAAUUGAAUGUGUAUUGACAACGGUUUGGCAGAUGAGUGCACAGCAAAAACGUAUAAACCUAUCAUAUUGCUCCGUGCAAUCCUGUGUGACAGAACAGCUCUAAAUCCAAAUAUUUAGAUUUGUAAUUAACUUGCCCUCCAUAAUCAUUUAAAUAGUAAUAAUGGGUGUUGGUCAGGGCCAGGCUCCAUGAAGCUAAUCUCCGUAAUGUGUGCAGCUGCAGAUCAGGUAGAUUUGUCAUUCUAAUCAGCUGGUUUGUGCUUCUACAGCUGUAAAUUACAUUAGACCUGAGUGGGCCGCUGCUGAGCUGGCUGCUUCAGGGAGCAGCAACAGCUACGCCACACAUUGGUCACAGCUAUGCUGUGAGGACAGGAUUACAGAUAAAUAUGUUAGGUGUCUGCCCCAAGAAAGAAGACAAAGAGCAAUCACACUCUGUCAGUCCCUGAGUACAUGGUUCAGAGCCAUCAUUACGGGCGAUAAAAGACCAUAACCAAAGGGAUUAGAAAGUGCUUGAGCUGGAAAUUGUCUUCUUAUCUGAGACGUUGUAAUUGUUAUAUGACCCAUUACUUCCUAAUCAAAUAACACUCCAAAUGUUAAAUUACUACUCAAGUUCAUCAUUUGACAAAGCACGCAACACUGCUGCUUCAAACCAUGCUUCAAUGCAUUAAGCAAUUUGAAUCGUAAUUCUGCUGUGCAACACAUAAACUACAAACAGUAAAAUUACAUAUAAAUUCUAUUUUUUGUCCAAAAGGAAGCAGUUUCCUCAGACUAUUUGCUGAUUGUUCUCAUGAUACUAAAUUUCAUCCCAGUUGGAGAUGAUAUAAAAGAAACCUGGGCAAUGCCUGUCGCAUUCCCAUGUAGAGCUCCCUAGCAAUGUAGUUCACACCCACUGCUGUGUCUGAACUUUAGGGUGUCUUUAAUAUUCACUGUUUAUAUCUGCCUCUCAGAAAGGAUAAUAGCUCUGAGGACCUUUUGAAUGACAGUAGAAUUCAAAUGGAGCACGGUGGGGGUGUGUCUCUAAACAAAGGCACAUGGUUAGCGGAUGGUACCUUGGUGAUUUACACACAAGGGCCAACUGAGACAGACUUGGAUGUAACACAUGAUGAUAUGUAGUGCCUGUCUUUGCAGUCUUGCCUGUCAGAGGACAUGGUUAGUGUUUUCACUUCUUGCUGACAGGAGGGUGACAUACAGUUACAAUUAUUUUACAGCCUAUAGAACUGUGGCACUCGUGGGAAAUACUACAUGUCAUAAGCUUCUGGAGAGACAGACAGACUGAUGUAAUUCACUGGUUACAUAUCACCUUGUUUGUUGGUAGUCGAGGAAAUCGCAGACCUCUGUCCCAGGUUACAGAUGAAUCUGGGUGCCUCUCAGGCUGCCUCUCAACUGUGCUUGUGUUUUCAGCCUUUCUGUUUGAGUCCCCAGUGGCACAGCCAGGAAACGUUCCAAUCCACAGCAUUGUGCCGCUAGAAGCAGAGGGGUGGUCAUACUGAAACUGAUCCUGAUGCUUUGAAUUUGUGAAUGAACAGGGCAGAGGACACUAACUUGUAUGUGAGGGCAUGGGCUGGGGCUCUGCACAAUCCUGCCUCUGCUUAUUUGCUGAUUUUGUCUUCCUCUCUUUCUUUGAGUCUCUUGCUGUUGCCUGCUCUCUCUCUUCUUCCAGUACUGGCCAGCACUCCAGCUGUAGGUGGAGCUGGCUUUCCUGGAAUUGUCGGGCAACUUUUCCUGUUGUGCUUGCUACCUCUUGCUCAAUCUCCUGCUUAAUGACAGCUCUGCUGCAGGAUUAUUGGGGCUGUGAAGACUUGUAUCAUCUGGAUGUCCAUUUCUACAACAUGCUGGGGUUUAUGGCUGGUGCAUUUGUUGUCAUAAAUAUAUUUUCAUGAUUGGGGUCAGCGGUUUUCCUUCUGCAGAAAUGGUUCGGCAGUACAAAGUGGGGCGAAAUCCAUCGAUAGCUGAUCAGCUUCCCUGGAUUUCGCUGACAACCCCUCUUUGUUUUGCCUGAAGAUGGAAACACUGGAGUCAGAGCUGACCUGCCCAAUCUGUCUGGAGCUCUUUGAGGACCCACUGCUCUUGCCCUGUGCUCACAGCCUUUGUUUCAAUUGUGCUCAUCGUAUCCUGGUCUCCCACUGCACCCCUAGUGAGUCGAUCCAGUCCAUCAGCGCCUUUCAGUGCCCAACCUGUCGCUAUGUCAUCAGCCUCAACCAAAGAGGCUUAGAGGGACUCAAACGAAACAUAACCCUGCAGAACAUCAUUGACCGCUACCAGAAGGCCUCUCUGAGUGGACCUAACUCUCCUAACGAGACUCGACGUGAGCGAGCCAUCCCCGACAGCAAAGCCAUGACGUCUCCCAGUGAGCGGGUGCAGUGUCAGUUCUGUGAGCAGGACCCUCCACAGAAUGCUGUGAAGACCUGUGUCACCUGUGAGGUGUCAUACUGUGACGAGUGUCUGAAGGCCACUCACCCCAACAAGAAGCCUUUUACAGGCCACCGUCUAAUUGAGCCCUUACUGGACUCCCAUCUGCGAGGGCUCAUGUGUCUGGAGCAUGCGGAUGAGAAGGUCAACAUGUACUGUGUGACAGAUGAACAGUUGAUCUGUGCACUGUGUAAGCUAGUUGGCCGACACCAAGACCACCAAGUAGCAGCCCUCAGUGAGCGAUAUGACAAACUCAAGCAAGCCUUGGAUUCCAACCUCAGCAAUUUAAUCAAGAGGACCAGUGAGUUGGAAAGUCUGAUGAGCAAACUUAUCCAAACCUGCCAACAUGUGGAGGUAAAUGCGACGCGGCAAGAAAACAAAUUGCUGGAAGAGUGUGACCUGCUGAUUAAUAUCAUACAGCAGCGAAGACAAAUCAUAGCUACCAAGAUAAAAGAGGGAAAGUCUGUGCGGCUGAGGAAGCUGGCCCAGCAAAUAUCCAGCUGCAAGCAAUGCAUCGAGAGGUCCACCUCCCUCAUCUCUCAGGCUGACCAAACCCUCAAGGAGACAGACCACGCUCGCUUCCUUCAGACGGCUAAAAGUAUCUGUGAGAGAGUGUCCAUGGCAACCACAUCCUCACAAAUCCUGUUACCAGAAAUUAACCUGUAUGACACUUUUGAUAGUUUUGCUUUGGACUUCACAAGGGAGAAGAAAAUGCUAGAAAGCUUGGAUUACCUCACAGCACCAAAUCCACCAGUCAUCCGUGAGGAAUUAUCUACUGCCUCGUAUGACACCAUCACAGUUCACUGGACAUCAGAUGACGAGUUCUCUGUUGCGUCAUAUGAACUCCAGUACGCCAUCUUCACCAGCCAAUCUAAUGUUGUCAGUUUGUGUAACUCUGCUGAUAGCUGGAUGAUUGUACCGAACAUCAAGCAAAAUCACUACACUGUGCACGGACUCCAGUCCGGAACAAAGUACAUUUUCUUAGUGAAAGCCAUAAACCAGGCUGGAAACCGCAGCAGUGAACCAGGAAUACUCAAGACAAACAGCCAGCCAUUCAAGUUAGACCCAAAGUCUGCUCACCGCAAGCUGAGGGUGUCCCAUGACAAUCUGACAGUAGAGAGGGAUGAGAUAUCAUCCAAGAAGAGCCACAGCCAGGACCGCUUCUCCAGCCCUAGCAGCUAUGGUGUCACAGGAAAUGUCUACAUUGACAGUGGCUGUCAUUACUGGGAGGCUCUGAUAGGAGGAAGCACAUGGUUUGCAGUGGGCAUUGCAUACAAAUCAGCACCAAAACAAGAAUGGAUUGGCAAAAACUCAGCCUCCUGGGUACUGUCUCGCUGCAACAACUUGUGGGUGGUGCGUCACAACAGUAAGGAGAUGCCCAUAGAGCCAUCUCCCCACCUGCGGCGUCUUGGAGUAUUGUUGGACUAUGACGCUGGAUCCCUGUCUUUCUACGAUGCAGUCAGCUCCCAGCACUUGUAUACAUUUGACAUAGCCUUUGCUCAGCCAGUCUGUCCUGUGUUCAAUGUCUGGAACAGGUGUUUAACAAUCCUCACCGGACUGCCCAUCCCAGACCACUUAGAGGUGACAGACUACAACAACUAAAAAAACCAGUCCUGCUGGAUUUCCUUCGUGUACCCAAAAGAGACCAGACUGUCAGCAUCUCUUUGAUUGAGAUGACCACAUACUUAAUGUUGAUCGAAUAACAAUAGUAGUCGAACAUGAUGCAAUUAAUUUCCCUUGUAAACAUUCCUAAUCAAGCCUGUGUUGAAAUUAUUUGGAACUAUUUAAGAGUUUGUAAAUGUAUUUCUUUGCUUUGCACAUUUAUGUACAUUACUCUGCUGAAUGGUUUAAGGGUUUGCUUACAAUUAAUGAAGAUAUUUUCAUAUAGGCUCCAGAUUUUUAUUUUUAAGUUCAUAUUAAAUGUGUUUCCAUUCCUUUACUGUUAUGGGGGCAAUGAUAAAUCUUAAAAAAUAAGCGGCUUCGACUAUAAUGUUUCUAAAGGUUGCAUUUUUAAAUGUAAUGUUCUUGAACAAUUUUUUUUAAGCCAUAGCACUUUGAGAAGACAAAGGUGUCACUAUAAAAUGCAUUUCUAAGCGACAAGUCUAAAAAAUGUUUCCUUGUUCUUGUUUUGUAAAAAAAACAAGGCACAUAAACAGAAAUUAACAGUUUCAUUUUGAAUGUUUUAUUUGAAAUAAGUUUAACAAUUUUCAAAUAUUUAUUAUCUUUAAACUUUUUAAUACAGUUCACCAUUUUGAGAUUGUUCAUUUUCUCAUUCUAGCUGUUUAAAAUGAGCUCAGCAGUACCAUUUCCACAAUAAAAUCU